AUGUUUGACACCAGCGACAUGUGUAUAAGUCAGGAUUCUGGCAUUAUUAUGAUGGCUAUUCACGUGUGGUUAAUGAUGUCAGAGAAAGACACCUCUGAGCUCAAACAACGGACGCAACCAGAUAGCUCCUCCUCACAGAGUCUGGAUCAAAGCGACACUUCGGAACGCAUGAGUUCACCAGAAGAUACCUCAGAAGAUACCUCUGAAGAUACCUCAGAAAAUACCUCCGAAGAUACCUCAGAAAAUACCUCAGAAAAUACCUCAGAGAAUAGGGCCUCCGAGGAAGAUGAUACAUCUGAGAGCGAGAGUUUGGAGUCAACAGAGACCACAUCUGAAGAAAAGAGUUCUUCUGUUGAGGAUGGAGACACAAGAGAUGACAAUCAGGAAAGUGAAGAGCACACUUUGAAAAACUGGAUCGGAAUUUUCCCUUUAAGUCUGAAGGAGGAAAAUGACACUGUGGUCAACGGAGAGACAAGCAAGCCAGAGCAGCUCAUUUAUGAGGAGACUCAGGUGGUUAACAUCUCCAAGCCAGGCCCUUCCGAUGACGGGACCAACGAUAGCAUGCAGACCGAUGAAAGCACGGGUGGUCAGAACCAUUUAACUGGAUGUGAGCAGGGGAUUCCUCAAGAUGAUGGCUUGUAUGGAAGCCACUACAAUGUGAGUCGAAGGCUUCUGGAUGUGUCGAACGGAACUUUGACCAAUGGAAGCAGCAGCGAGGAGUCUGUCAGCAGUUCGUCUGAAAGUUCUGAGAGUAGCUCAGAGGAGCAGUCCGGGUUUGGUCCUGACGGGCAUUUCAAUGUCAAAAGCACUGAGGACAUAUUUAUGAGCAAUGUCACACAGAACGUGAAUAACAGUUCCAGUGACGUAAAUGACAGUGAAAGUUAUGAUGAAAGCCACGCAGCAAAGAGCACCCAUGCACCUCUGCAGAAAGACGACGCAGGUGUAGUUGAUAAGUAUCAUGGGAAGAAAGGUCAGGACGUUUACGUUUAUGUGCAGCACUUGAAUAGCAGUACUGAGGUUGAGGAGCACGAGCAGGGCCACAGUGUGCACAAAGUGAGGGAUCGAAGGGCGGUGGACGGUGAGGUGUCCUAUAGUUCGAAUGGACAAGAUGGAACAGCAGGACAGGAAAACCAGCCUAGUUUAUUACCAAACCAAGUUAACGCCCAGUCCUCCGAACAUCAGACCGAUGAGUUUCACUUCGAUGACCACAGCAUGCAAGGUGACAGUCCAUUUGGUGGCAGUUCCAGUUCUUCAGCAGCUAACGGUGACUCGUGUAACUCUGAUUCUACUUCAUGUGACAGUGAUGGGUCCGACGGUUCUGACGACAAAAGCGAUUCUGGUAACGCACACGAUUCUACUGCUUCUAGCGAUUCCAGUGAUUCCAGUGACUCAAGCAGCUCCAGUGAUUCCAGUGACUCUAGCAGCUCCAGUGAUUCCAGUGACUCAAGCAGCUCUAGUGACUCUAGCAGCUCCAGUGAUUCCAGUGACUCAAGCAGCUCCAGUGACUCUAGCAGCUCCAGUGAUUCCAGUGACUCAAGCAGCUCCAGUGACUCUAGCAGCUCGAGUGAUUCCAGUGACUCUAGCAGCUCGAGUGAUUCCAGUGACUCUAGCAGCUCCAGUGAUUCCAGUGACUCAAGCAGCUCGAGUGAUUCCAGUGACUCUAGCAGCUCCAGUGAUUCAAGCGAUUCUAGUGACUCAAGCAGUUCCAGUGAUUCAAGCGAUUCUAGUGACUCAAGCAGCUCCAGUGAUUCCAGCGACUCCAGUGAUUCUAGUGACUCCAGUGAUUCAAGUGAUUCUAGUGACUCAAGCAGUUCCAGUGAUUCCAGUGACUCCAGCGAUUCUAGUGACUCAAGCAGCUCCAGUGAUUCCAGUGACUCUAGCAGCUCCAGUGAUUCCAGUGAUUCCAGUGAUUCCAGCGGUUCGAGUGACUCCAGCGAUUCAAGCGAUUCCAGUGACUCCAGUGAUUCGACUGAUUCUAGCGACUCCAGUGACUCCAGUGACUCCACCGAUUCAAGCGACUCUAGUGACUCCAGUGACUCAAGUGAUUCAAGUGACUAA